AUGACGACGACAAUACUGGAUAACUCCGCGAACGAGUUCGCGGCAUUUUCGACCAUUUUAUCCGGGUUCGAUGAAGAAUACGUCAGUCCGAAUCGGAAAUCGAAAUCUUCUUUUUCUUUGUCUUCCCCAACGGCUACGAAGAAUGUCGUUGAGAAUUUUUCUUCUCCGUCUCCGACAGCCGGGAGAGGAAGAGGAAGAGGAAAAGGAAAAGGAUACAAUAACUACGACCCGGACGAACCUCUGGACGUGCUCCAAGAAAUGAACCAAAUGCUGGAAGCGGCAGAACGAAGCCCGACGAAUACCAACGAGAAUUAUACCAAAAAAGCACGCACCUUUGUUCGAGAAGCGUACGGAACGUUCGAAGACUCGGCGUCUCGAUUGGAACGGGAUUUAAUGGAGAAAGAAAACCGAAUGAAACGCGACGCGGCGGAGGAAUUGAGAAGACAGUUGGAUAAAGACUCGCCGGAGUUUUCUUUAGAUAUGCUGGCGAGCGGAGAUCGAGCGACGAUAUUGGCCAGAGAGGCGGAGAUAUUGAGAGCGGAGGAGGAGAGUUUACGAAGAGUACGAGAAGGCGCGAGCCGCGCGGCGGAGAGAGAGAGACAGAGAUUGGAAAGCGAGAGAGUGGCACACGCGAAUGGCAGAGCAAAUUGGGUGAGCGCGGAGAAUAAGAGACGCGGAAUGGGGGCGAAUGCGAGAGCGUCGGAGCAAUCCAAUCCGACGCCGGCGCGGCAAGCGCAAAGAGGCGGCGGCGUAGGGACGGUCACGCCGACGAGGAUCGUGCCGAAGUUUACUACAAACGGCGGCGACAUGGAGGAAGAUAAAGAAAACGCUGGAGCUAUGGGUUCGAAGAGAGACAAGACGACGCGUCCUUCGUCUUUCUUUAACCCGUUCAAGACGAUCACGAACGUUGCCGUCGGCGCGAAGAACGCCUUUUUAAGCCGCGAGAACCCGAAACAAAAGCCGAAAGUCAGGCGUUCGAUCAUCGCCAUCGACGAGCCGAACGAAAAUUCCAUGAACGCCACGGGACCUUCCGCUGUCGUUUCGUCGUACAAAACUCCAGUGCAAGAAUCGAAGAAGCGUUCGACAAUUUUGACGCCAGUGGAAAGCAGAGAGACGAACAGAGGCAUUUCGUCGUCGUACGAGGAAGAGGACGAGGGAGAGGAAGACGCGACGGAGAGCGACGUCAUGAUUGCUAAGAUGAUCUCGCCUGGACAAAUGGUCUACAUCAAAAAGCCAAUCGAAAAAGCUACCGAUAUUGCCGCGACGAAUGAACAAGAGAAAGAAAAGACGAAGACGAAGAAGAAGAACAAGAGAUCGCUGAACGUUCACCCGGCGCUUCUGCGAGUCGCGAAAGCCGCCUCCACGAUUGGCGCGUCUUUUGUCAUCGUUUCAGCGGUUGGUUCCUACGCCACUGGCGCGAGAGAUGUUCGUGACUUGCAAAGAGCCGCCAGAAACGUGCAAAAGACGACAGUAUCUGUGGCCAUGUUCAUCGGUAAAACGUGGAAGUCCAUAUCGAAGAACUUGAUACCCGGCGUGACUGACGAAGUGCCGACGUUGACGCCCACGGUUGUUUACCAACGCACGCCAAACAAAGUCGUGAAAAAGACGGUCGUUUUACGACCGCAUCAAGUCGGUGUCCAGCCAGGACCGUCUGGGGAAGAUUUCAGACGAGCGUACGGGCGCGGAUAA